UCGGAAAGGAAUUAAAGUGCAGGAUUUUCUUUAUCACGUGACCAUGUUGUCAAAAUGGCGUCUAGUGUACCGCCAGAUUCAAAUGGAUAAGGAUUCGCGCACCUGCUGUUGGAUAAACGCUACAAUUUUAUGAAGAUGGCUAAAACAAUAUCACCCUAUGAUAUAUUUGUUAACUUUGUUUCCUUGAUUACAUUUCUGUUGGAUGUAGGAACAGAUAUCUUAGUGACUGUUCAGUUCUUUGAAAAUGGUGACUUAGUGUGGGGAUCCUUGACAGCAGGAUUUGUGGGUGUACCCACGUUGCUGAUUCAGAUUUUCAGUCUCAAGUGGCACAUUUCGGACAAGUCCCUCACCGUCGCCACCUGUCUUCCUCAUCUCUUCCUGUUUGCUCCUGUUCAAAGGUAUCUAAGUGUGAUACGCUUGGCCCUGAAGGCUAGAUCAACUCGUAGCUUCAACGACAUUGACCGUGUCUACCGAGAACAGAAUGACGUGUGUAUUCUUCGUCUUAUGGAGUCAUUCAUGGAGGCAGCACCCCAGCUGUGUCUGCAGCUCUACGUCAUCUUCCUUGCCAACAACAUCACGAUACUUGCAGGUAUAUCGGUGUGCAGUUCUCUCAUCUCCCUGGCGUGGGCUCUAACAGCCUAUGGGGAUGGACUUCGACUGGCUUACAGAGACCUCUACAGGAGAAACUGGGGCGGUUUGGUGGUGCACUGGCUCUGGCAAACCUUUAUGACUGCUGCAAGAGUUAUGGCCCUUGUCAUGUUUGCCACUGUUUUCAAGGCUUGGGUGUUUCUUGCUGCAGGUAUUCACUGGAUUGCCAUGACAAUAUGGAUCUCUGUAAAGGGCACAGAUUUCGGAGAUGGAAUUUGCGAACGUGGCCUGUUUCAGAUUGUGGCAGGCUUCAUGUACAUCUUCUGUUUCCUGAACCUGCGCGAGGGCCGCAGCCGCUACCGCAUGCUGGUGUUCUAUCUGGUGUUCUUCCUUGAGAAUGCCACGCUUGUUGCUGUGUGGUUCGCCUAUAAGGAAACAUCCUCCGUCCUGGUCUUUGUCACACCAUCCGUGGUAUUUGGUGGAUUCCUGCUUGGUAUUCUGUGUCUGUUGCUGUACUACCGGUUCCUGCAUCCCGGUGGCCCCAUCUACCUGUACACCAUCAAGUCAACAGUACACAACACAGUUCUCAAUAAUCAGCUGGAACCUCGUCCUGGUCUGUUUGACGUGACUGCCGGCACUCUGUUGUCCGUCCUGGGCAGUGACAUCGUGGAGCUCAGUCGGGACAUGGAUCACACCACCCUGAACUUCAGCCGAGUCAGUACGCGAUCCUCAGGGGGCUUCUCCCAGCAACACAUGCAGCGUGUGUGGGAGGCGGGGCUAGCUGGUCGCAGCAGCUCAUCUGACAGCUCCCUCGACAUGAAGGACAGUCAAACAACUCGGAGCUACAACAAUGGGACACUGACAUCUAGCAGAUCUGCGAACAGCACGAGACAGCUGCUCCAAGGGUCAAGGUCAUCGGUGAACGAAAAUCGGGGAAGGGGGUACAAGGAUCAGGCAGAUCGACGUGAUGAGACAAAUGAUUUCAACUCAACUGUCAGCUCAAGAUAUGUGCCAAGAAAUAGGAUGUUUACCCAGAAGGACAUUUAUGGAUUCCAUGAAGAUAGAUUUAAUGGCACAUACCAUAGUCCUUUGAAGAUAAGCUACGAGUCUUUAGGGAUGAGACCAGUGUCACUGUCGCCCCUCGAUGCCGGGAAACUGUGGGAGGAGACAGCUGGCAGGCUGAGGGCGCCAUUAGUCGGGAGAGAUGAUGACACACUGUCAACUCUCAAUGCCUCAGAUCUCCUAGAGCAUUCGUAUAUUCACGAAGAUUCUUCAAAAUGGGCUUCAUACAGUCAAAGAGAGGCAUCAAAUCUUGAUUUAUACAGCCAAAGUGCAGAAUCAAAUCUUGAUUCUUACAGCCAGAGAGAGGUAUCAAAUUUUGAUUCUUACAGCCAGAGAGAGGUAUCAAAUCUUGAUUCUUACAGCCAGAGAGAGGUGUCAAAUCUUGAUUCAUGCAGCCAGAGAGAGGUAUCAAAUCUAACUUCAUAUAGCCAAAGAGAAUCAUCAAAUAACAAGUCAUACCGCCAGAAAGAUUUGUCAAAUGUUGGUUCGUACAGCCAGAGGGAAUCACUGCACAAUGUCACUGUACACUCCAACACCAGCAACAGCAGCAACAGCAGCAGGCAGUAUGGGAGGCUUGGUAGGAGUAGAUCAAGCAGUAGAAGCCGGUCGGAGGUCAGCAGAGGUCACAUGAGUCCACCACAAACAACAUCUAACUACAAUGCUUUUGAUCAUGGCUUUUUGGAUACAUCUGUGCCUGAUCUGAUGGACCCUCCUGAAUGUGUCAGUAACUACAACAAUAUCUCUGGUUCCAGGGACUCUGGUCCAAUGUAUGGACACAUCUCACAAGCUUCAUCCAGGAUGGAUAGGUCCACGGAGCUGUACACUCCCUCUGUCAAAGGUCCUUGGAGAGACUGUAGCUCCACUCCAUCUCACAUCAGUCCUGCAAUGAAAUCCAUAGAAUCAGACUCACCAGUAUACUCAGUAGGAACUGAAGAUGAGUCUGGAGUUUUCACCAAUACAUCCAACAGAAGUGAGAAAAAGAGUAUGCAGUAUCAUGACAUCUCACUCCAGAAUUCCCCCGAGCCAAUAUAUGCUGUGCCUUACUCAACAAACACCUCUUCGUUCCACCAGACACAGUCAGUCCCGGCUGUUAGUCGACACAAGAGUCGGACCAACCCGGGGAUACCAGGUGCCAGUCGACUACAGUAUGGGGACAAUGAGGACAUCCCCGGAGCAUGCAACAGCCUGGUCCCAGACACCCCCUGGAGGCUAGACUACCUGAACCUGGAACCACUGAGGACAGCCCUCCUGGAGGUGAAGGACAUGCCGGAGCCCAAGAGACACCUGGUCCGAGAGUAUCUCAAGGAUCUGAAUGAUUCCAUCACCCAUCAGCCAAGUCCUCUGAAGGUGCAAGAAUUCCAAAACUCACCAGCUAGGUUUGGGCGAAGUGUGGAUCUCUUUAACAGUCGUGCUUGGCAGGCAGUCGAACAAAUUGUGGAAUGCGAGACUGGUCAGUCUGAUAAGGGUCACAGCAUCGCAACAUUGCCAAGGUCGCAACAAAGGUCGAGGAAAUCUCUACUCUCAGAUGAGUCAGUUGAUGCUCACAGCAGGCCGUCAUCAGGUCAGUAUGAUUCUGGUGUCUUCUACCAACCUUUCCAAAGAAGCUACAUAGAUUCACAGAAUAAUGUGAAAGAAUCGUCUCCCUUUGGGACGUACAGACAUUCGUCUAAGAUGUCCAGCAUCAGGGGCAGUGAAGCAAGUGGAGCCCCUGUCAGAGGUUCUCCCAUGCCAAUCAAAAACAGAUCGAAAGAUCGUGUGGAACGAAGGAAAUCCCGAGAGAUUGAGUCUUUACAUGGUAAGCGGAGUGACUCCGAGAAAUCUCUAAAUGGGAGAUAUAAGAAACGCCAGUCAGAAGAGCACAAGGAAAUUGGUGGUUACAAAGACAGGUCCAUUGGACAUAGUCAGUCUAGUCUCAACAACUCAAAAUUGGUUCAUCAUAUAUCUCCCCAACAGGUGAAUGGUGACAGCUGUGUAGAUGUUCUCAAACCUCAACCAGUCCGUCACACCCAGACAAGCUCAGUCUUAUCAGAUGUGUGUCCAAGUCUUGCUAGUUCUUACCGGCAAGCCAUAAACAAUAGCAACAGGGUGCCUUGUAACCUGAAUCUCAGCCAGGACUUGGGUCAGUCUGACCUCAAGCUUGUGGACCUCCAGGAUGAGAACCUUGACCUUCAGAAACAGGUUAAAGGUGACAGAAGGUCACAGGGACCGGAAAGACAGCCGUUCCAACCCCUGCAUAACACACCAGCAUUCUCCCCUAUUGGAGAACCCAGCAGACAGGUCAGGAAGCCUUUAGAGCAUAACUCCAGCACGCCUAAACUGUCCUCAAGCCUUCACUCUCUGGCUCUGAUUGAUGCUUACAACAGCCCCUUUGCUGAUUCAACACAGAGUCAGAGAUCCAAAGUUACAGCUAACAGUAGACCCAUCACUGAUUCAACACAAAGGUCAAGGGGUUGGGUUGCAGGACCUUGUCCAAUGGCAAAUAGCAAGAGUAUGGACAGAGCUAAGUCGUUUGACUACAUUAGGUAAUACAGUACUAACACUACAUCAUAACAUAUCAAGCAUACAGGCUCUGUGAGAUUGUACUCAUGUAAACCUCGAGGCUGUGAUGGAUCAUCUCCACUACACAUAAGUAGUCUCAAAACUGUCUCAAAGUAUGUGUGUGAUGGAUCAGUAUAUUUUAUCUUUGCUCAGGGUAAAGUGUUCCUUGUUCUUACCCCGGAAUGCUUGUCUCUUAGUAUUCAAAUGUCAGUACUUUGUUUUUCCUGUAUUCUAAUGUACCAUUACGCGCCAUUAUUGGAUUGGCGUCUCUGAGUUGACUGGCGCCUCUCUGAGUUGACUGGCGCCUCUCUGAGUUGACUGGCGCCUCUCUGAGUUGACUGGCGCCUCUCUGAGUUGACUGGCAUCUGCUCUUUCUGUCAAUGCUUUGACCUUGUUUACUGAUCUGAACAUACCCAUCAGUGGCCCAUUAAUACAACUUGUACUGGAGACCCUGUAUUCGAACACAUUGUUAAGAAUUGAAUAGAAUUUUAGCAUUUUACACAUUUUGAUAUUGUUUUUUUAUGAACUUCUUAAAAUUUUUGAAUUUUUGAAAAUCUUUUUUUAAAAUGUUUAACAAGAUUGGAAUAUAUUUAUUGGAAUUGUUGUAAGUUUCUAUUUUAGUUUGUAUUAAUUUUAAGUGACAUUAUUGUGCCAUAAUGGUUCACCUUGUAUAUAAAUGAUGAUACGCAUGUCCUUGGGUGUUACUAUAGUCAUGACAGCAGUCAUAGUUUCGAUAGUAUUUAGUUGAUAUAUAAUGAUGAUUAUACACAUGUAUGAUUAUGGUCGUGACAGUAGUCGUAACUUUCAUUAUCCUCAUGUAUUAGUGCUUUGUGCCGGUUGGAAAACAUUGUCCAUGAAAAACUUUAGAAAUCCCCGCCCUCUUUAGAAUAUCAAAACUUAUUGUCACAUGUUGAGAUAACUUAAGACACUUUAAAUACAAGUUAUCAUGAUGGCAAAUAUAUUUAACCAGCAUCAUCAUCAUCAAUCAUCACCAUCUUCAUCUUCAUAACAUCUUGGCUUCAUUUUGCUUAAGAACAAAUUACAGUUAUGAAUAUUCUAGCAAUAAUAAAGAGAAAUCUGUCAAACUGGACUCUGACUAAUCUGGAUUUCUGUCAAUACCAGAUCACAUUUAUAGUCCAUAUUUACUACAAUGAUAAUAUUUCUUUAGGCUUUGUCUGUUAUUCCUAUUUCAUUUUCUACUGCUACAUUGUCACAGCCUCCGAGCAUGUGAGUAGCCUGGACUAGACGUUCAGUCCAACAGUAGCCUGGUUGAGACAGAUUCCAGUGUGCUGCUACAUUGUCACAGCCUCCGAGCAUGUGAGUAGCCUGGACUAGACGUUCAGUCCAACAGUAGCCUGGUUGAGACAGAUUCCAGUGUGCUGCUACAGUGUCACAGCCUCCGAGCAUGUGAGUAGCCUGGACUAGACGUUCAGUCCAACAGUAGCCUGGUUGAGACAGAUUCCAGUGUGCUGCUACAGUGUCACAGCCUCCGAGCAUGUGAGUAGCCUGGACUAGACGUUCAGUCCAACAGUAGCCUGGUUGAGACAGAUUCCAGUGUGCUGCUACAGUGUCACUAACCCUCCGAGCAUGUGAGUAGGCUGGACUAGACGUUCAGUCCAACAGUAGCCUGGUUGAGACAGAUUCCAGUGUGCUGCUACAGUGUCACAGCCUCCGAGCAUGUGAGUAGCCUGGACUAGACGUUCAGUCCAACAGUAGCCUGGUUGAGACAGAUGCCAGUGCGCUGGUCUCCCUUCCCCUGGAGUCCAGGGUCAUCACUUGAGUUUAUGUGGUCCACUAAUCAUGGCAAUAAGACACAAUAACAUCGCUGUAAUUUAAUCUGUAAAUAACACGCAGGUAUAUAAUUUAUGUUGUUGCUAGUUGACUGUAGAAUGUUCAUGUGUUAUUUAUGGUGUAUUACAUGUGUGGAUUUAGUUGACAGGCUAGGAAUUAUGGUGCUGUAACUCGCGGGAAAAUACUCAGUGAAAUAUUCAUGAAUUCUUAGAUGUAUUUUGUAGUUGUGCCUAGUUACUUCAUCAUGUUAAUAAUGUUGUGCUGUACUAAUAGUCAUGUGACAUCAAAGAGCAGUGCAGGUGCUUUAGCUUACUGAAUUGGAGGAGGCCACAGACAGUUUUCAGACAGGCUUAAAGGACCUUUGGCAUACCGGCCUUGAAAAGGCCUUAGAUUUCAAUCUCCCUUUAGAAGGCCUUGGAUUUUGACAAAAUGCCCUGAAUCUGGCAACCAUUGUAAACACUGUCUAUUUUUUCUCUAAUAAUGUGUUGACAUAUAGCAAGUUAAUUGUCAACUACUAUUUGAAAUAUUUGCUGUGGAAUAUUUCAAUAGAAUAUUGGGAUGUACAUAUGGAAAAAUAAUGAAAUAAAGUCUAAAUGGCCUUAUAAAUUUGUUGGAAAAGCAUGACUGAGUAUGUUGAGCUCUACUUAAACAUUCAAGCCUAACUCAGGCAGCCACAGGACCAGAAUCUGCUCUUGAUGUUUGACACAGACUGCUCUUGACAAUGUGCACCUGACGUCAUAUGUUCAGAGCUUUGAUAUCAAGCUCUAGAUCACGCUACAUGUAUUUAGCCUUUGUGGCUGUUCCUACAGGUGACAGGUUCACAGUGUUCCUGUUUGUACCUAUUUAAACCUACAUGUAUUGGAGUGUCAUCAGUAUUAACUAGUAUAUGAUUGCUCUCAGUGUCUUGUGUAGGAGAAUGUAUACACUGGGCUGUAUAUUGAUAUCCAUGUUCCAUGUCUUGUCCUGUUCAGUGUCAAGUAACUUUUUUGCCUUUCAGGUUACAAGUAUCUUAUGCUGUUUUUGUAAGUGAAAUAAUUUCUAAUUUGAAGACCACUGGCUGGUACUUAAAUGCUUCUAGUCAAUUAUAUCUAGACAUUGUGUCAAUUUUGAAAGAUUUCUCUCAAUAACAAAACAUUGAACUGAUAUAUAGCUUCUCAGAAAAAGAUGAAGUAAAAUUGUUUCAGAUGCAGGUUAUUCAUGUACAUACAAGUAGUCAGUAGUAACUAGAGUUAAUAAAUCUUACAACAGUU